CUUAGCAGCACUCUAUGAUGUAUUCAAUAUUAUAGGGCAUUAAACACACCUUUUCUUUGUAAGUGAACGAUCCGACAGCGGCGAGCGGUUGACAACCUACUGCUGCACAAGCUGGUACACAAGCUGGUGCUUAUAGCAAAUUUUCAUAGUCAUAUAUAUGAACCUAAACUGCCUCGAGAGGCUUUCGGUGUUCGGUGCCGAGACAAAAACCCACUUCGGUUACUGCGACUCUUCGCCGCUGCGAUCAUGUAUGAUCCUACUUCGGUGGUCGCAAUCUAAAGGGAACAGCUUAUCCCAGCGGCCUCUCGUCUGCAAGUGGAAGCGGUGGGGCGGUUCUCAGGAGAAGCCAUCAUCCCUUAAGGGGCACACCCGCCACGCACGCACACACGCACACGCCGCCGGGGAGACGACGGAAUGGCCCGGACGGCGCCGGUGUGCGCUGCCAUAAGCCCACCAGCAGCAGUCGCAUGCAUCACAACCGCACUGCUUAUACUGGCGUCCGGGUGCGGCUGUGUGGCUGCACGUGCGGCGGCGCCCGGCGGGGCUGUGCCUACCAGCAGCCUGCCGCCCGAGUGCGACCGCUACUCGGACCUGUUGGGGCCUCUGGCUGUCCGGUUGGAGGCGUGGCGGGCGGCUGGGGGAGUGAACGCAAGCGAGGGCAAGAGGCUGCGACAAGAAAUCGAGGGCGGUGGCGAGGGAGCCUUCGUGAGCAUUCGCAACGGGCAGGUGCAUGUCUUGGUGAAGCGAGAGGGGUUCCAGUCCAAGACCUACGGGGCCCUCAUGCUCCUGCACCGCCUGGUGUCGCGGUUCGGCCGCAAACACCUGCCUGACAUGGAGUUUGGCAUCCACCGCGGUGACGUGCCCAAGCCGGGCGCAUGGAUGUGUUUCUGCGGCCGGCGGGGCGAGCUGCCCGGCACCUGGCUCUACCCCGACUUCGGCUACUACGCAUGGCCCGAGAUCAUGAUGCCGCCGUGGGAGGCCAUACGCCAGCGCACACAGGAGGUGGUGGAGCGAUGGCCCUUCGCCGCCCGCAGCAACAAGAUGUUCUGGCGGGGCGGCGCCGGGAAGCACAUCAACACGGACGUGCGGGGGAAAUUGCUGAGGGCGCUGGAAAACCGCACUGACAUUGCAGACGUGCAGGCCAUACCGCCCUUCGACGUGCUCCUGCAGCGCGGCCUCCAGGGCUUCACGCCGUUGUGGGACUUUUGCAAGCACAAGUACAUCCUGUACACGGAAGGCAACUCCUACUCGGGCCGGCUCAAGUACCACGUGCUGUGCGGCAGUGUCAUCAUCAGCCACCCCAGGAAGUACGACACCAUGCUGUCAGCACUCAUGCGGGAGGGCAGGCACAUUGUGACCACGGUGGAUAACGAGUGGAGCGACGUGGCACAGAUCCACAGUCGUCUGGAGACCAACCCGCAACUAGCUGAGUCCAUCGGCCGCUCCACAGCACUCCUGGCAAAUCAGCUGACAGAGGACGGCGUGUCCUGCUACUUGCUGGCGCUGCUGCGGGCCUACGCCCAGGCUAUGACCUACACGCCGCCGCCGCCGCCGGCCGACAGCUCCUACCUGGAGAGCUUCGUGCUGGGCCGCAUGAAGGGCGUGGCCGGCGGGUACAAGACACUAGCGCUGGCUGCUGAGUAGCGCGUGCGUGUGAAGUGGUGGACAAGGGCGCGCAUGCCUAGGCCAGCGUGAGCAAAUGGCGAUAAAGGAUUACCGUAUAAGGGUAAGGCAGAGCUUUGGUUGAUUGUCUGUAGUUUGUGCGAGCCUGGCACGACAUGCUCGGGGGUUCGGGAGGCGGAUAAGAAGGUGGGUUGGGAUGUGGCGGGCCGGUGCAGCCGCUGGAGUCUGCAACACGCGGUGGAGCGCUUGCGUACGGUGUGUUGCGCUCAAGGGCUAGACUGGGGCCAUUCUUGAGCCGUUGGGCGUUACAUGCAAACUUCAUUCAGCACUACUACGACACUACUACGACAAGGAUGCG